AGCAUUUAAAAGUGUCUCGAGCCCUACACACACAGACACAUCUGUGACGAUGAAUGGAGCGACGUCACUGAGCCAACGAGCUUCCGCGUGACCAUUCACACACCGUCAACGUUUAUCAACAUCUGCUGACUGGGCACGAGCACCACCUCAGAACUCAGGGAAGCUUUAAAUAUAAGAUUCAGCUCUACAGUACUUUACUCAAUUGUUUAUUCGCAGCCAGAGCUGAGCAGCAGCGCGGGACGUGCGGCACGAGCUCAUCGUGUCCAUUGCGGAAUCGGAUAGACAGGAACCAAUAGGCUUGCAUUAGCCGGCAGACACUAAAGUUCUGGUUCGUCCGUGAUUUAACACAGUGUUGCUGCACUCCACUUUGUCGUGUUUUAUUGAAAGCGCGCGCCUACUCUACUGAAAUGCUGAACUUUGAAAAUAUGUUUUUAGACUAGGAAGUUUGCUAAUACAGCAGGCUUUAUUUAUUAUUGAAACAUACGAUGAUCGCAGGUUGGUUUGCAAUUGGGAGAAGAGCGUGUCAUUAUUGGCGGAGGAUAUGAGGGUGGGAUCAGAUAACGAUAAGUUACACGUGUUAAAGUGCAAGGGUCUUACUCUACCUCAAGAGCUGGACUUCAUCACAGUCUGAUAUGAGAGGUGCCCAGGAUUGAAGAGGACCAAGUCACCCCUCUCAUAUUAUUAUUAUUUUUUUUUUUAUAUAUAUAUAUUUUUUUUUCUUUCUUUCUCAUAAGCCAUAAUUUAAGUUGUUUACUGCACGAAAUUUACAGUAUUAGCACCAAAGAUGUCCUGCCUGUUGCUUGGAGUACUAAGGAGGCGGAAUGCCCUCAGUAAAGCUUCAGUUGGGGCCCGGUCCCUCUCCUCCAUCCCCUCUUUGCCUCCAUCUGUGGCGGAGUUUGUGUCAGGGGCUGCAGCUGAGUGUAAACCUGCCAAAGUGCACUUGGUCACAGGCACACCAGAGGAGACAUCAGAUAUUCUGGCCAACCUGGAGAAAGAUGGCAUGGUGAAAAAACUCACCAAAUAUGAAAACUGCUGGCUGGCACGUACUGACCCUAAAGAUGUGGCUCGUGUGGAGAGUAAGACAGUGAUUGUCACUAAGGAUCAGAGAGACACUAUUCCCAUCCCCACUGGAGGCACCAAGUCCCAGCUGGGCAGCUGGAUGAGUGAAGGAGACUUCCAGAAGGCCAGAGAGGAUCGCUUUCCUGGCUGCAUGGCAGGACGGACAAUGUUUGUAAUCCCCUUUAGUAUGGGCCCAGUGAACUCUAGUCUUGCAAAGUUUGGUGUUCAGGUGACAGAUUCUCCAUAUGUGGUGGCUAGCAUGGGCAUCAUGACACGCAUGGGAACUCCCGUCCUGGAGAAACUGGCAGAGGGAGCAGAGUUUGUGCGAUGCCAACAUUCUGUGGGCAGACCUCUACCACUCAAAGCUCCUUUAGUAAACAGCUGGCCUUGUAAUCCUGAGAAGGUAUUGAUCUCACAUCUCCCAGACACCAGACAGAUCCUGUCCUUCGGCAGCGGUUACGGUGGAAAUUCACUGCUUGGAAAGAAGUGCUUUGCUCUUCGUAUUGCCUCUCGUAUUGCCAAAGAUGAGGGCUGGUUGGCUGAACACAUGCUGAUUCUUGGAAUCACAAAUCCUCAGGGAGUGAAGCGCUACAUUGCAGCAGCUUUCCCCAGUGCUUGUGGGAAAACCAACCUGGCCAUGAUGAAGCCGGCAAUGCCAGGCUGGAAAGUUGAAUGUGUGGGCGAUGACAUUGCCUGGAUGAAAUUUGACAGUCAGGGUAAGCUCAGAGCUAUUAACCCUGAAAAUGGUUUCUUUGGAGUUGCCCCCGGGACGUCCCUAAAGACCAACCCUCAUGCCAUGGCAACCAUCUCCAGGAACACAGUGUUCACUAAUGUGGGAGAGACCAGUGAUGGAGGGGUAUGGUGGGAGGGACUGGAACCACCUGCAUCUGGAAUCAAGCUCACCGACUGGCAUGGAAAAUCAUGGAAGUAUGGUGAUUCAACACUGUGUGCCCAUCCGAACUCCAGAUUUUGCGCACCAGCUGGCCAGUGCCCCAUCAUAGACCCACGGUGGGAGAGUGAUGAGGGCGUCCCAAUCGAUGCCAUAAUUUUUGGUGGUAGAAGACCAGAGGGUGUGCCUCUGGUGUACGAGUCAUUUAACUGGCGUCAUGGUGUGUUUGUGGGCGCUUCCAUGAGAUCCGAAUCUACAGCUGCUGCUGAACAUAAAGGCAAAGUUAUCAUGCAUGACCCCUUCGCCAUGCGUCCUUUCUUCGGCUACAACUUUGGCGACUACCUGUCCCAUUGGUUGAGUAUGGAGACACGGAAGGCCCAGACCCAGCUCCCUAAGAUCUUCCAUGUUAACUGGUUCCGAAAAGAUCAGAAGACCGGCUCCUUCCUCUGGCCAGGGUUUGGAGAGAACGCCCGUGUCCUUGAGUGGAUCUUCAAGCGAUGUGGCCGAACCAGCGAAGAUGAGGCUGCCACCAAGAGCAUUAUUGGUUGGAUUCCACAAAAGGGUGCCAUAAACACAGAAGGCAUGGGUGGUAAUAUAGAUAUGGGUGCCCUCUUUGACCUGCCCAAGCCCUUCUGGCAGAAAGAAACACAGGAGCUCAGAACCUACUUCACCCAACAGGUUGGGGCUGAUCUACCUGCACAGGUGGAGGGAGAGCUGAGAGCACUGGAGGAGAGAGUGAAGGAUUGAAUUAACACUACAUUUAAUUUACGCUGAGUAGACAUAAGUCAUAGAAAUGGGUUUAGGUGGAAGUAACUGUUUUAAUGUGACUGACUGUUGCACUGCAGUGAACACUGCACUGGAGAAAGCCACAAUCAGUGGUAUUAAUACAAAGGUGCCUUAUUAGAUUUUACAAUAGAAGGGGAAAAACGCUAUUUACUGUUUACAAGCUGUCUCCCAAAAUGUCUGUUUUGAACACAUAAAAGAUAUAUAAAGAUAUAUACAUAGCACACCCAUUCUGGAAAAAAAAAAAUACAGCACAUGGGUACACUACAUACAGUUUAAAGGGAUAGUUCACCUAAUAUGAAAAAAACAUUCAAAUAUAAAAAUGCUGCCAUCAUUUACUCUCAUAUUGUUCCAAACGCUUGCUUUCUUCAGGGGAAUUCAAUAUGAGGUGUUAGGUAGAAUGAUGUGGACUGACACACUCACACACAAUUUUGAGCAAAAUUAAAGUCUUUAAGGAAACCACCAAACCACAUAAUUUUUUACAUUUGCUGAUGACCUGAUAAAAGCAGAUAAAAAAAAAGUAUAAUUAUUUCCUUAAGAAAUAUGCCUUUAAUCAGUGGAAUGAUUAACAAGCUUACACUUGAGCUAAAGUUGAAGAAUCUUGACCAAAGAGUAUUGAUGAGUUUCAGUCACUGAAUGUAUGUUUUUACCUGAGCUGACAGAAUAAAAAAAAAAAUCUGAA